UCCCUCUCCCUCUCCCUCUCCUCUCCCUCUCUCUCCCUCUCUCUCUGUCGGGCAGUGUCUCUCUUUCUUCAGGACUCCUUUUCUCUCCCUCUCCGGGGUCUGCCUUGUCUCUCUCGAUCGCUAUCCCCGCCGAGUAUCCGCCCCUGCUCCUCUAUCUGACAUCUUCCAGCAUCGCUUGCUAAUGAUGACGAUGAUAUUAGACACCCGGCGUGACAUCCUCGACUUCCGCAUCCUGUUCCAGAGCCCGCCCUGCGCUCUCGUGUCAUUGGGCGAGCAGGUCCGAUACUGAAAUAAGGAACUACAAAACCCAAGAUGCACCUGGCUCUGUGCUGGUCACGAGAUUGAUUCAGUCAUGUGUUUGUCAGCGCUUACUGGUUAGAGUGAACGAGAGAACAGCAGCCUGCAAGAUGGCAGUGCCACCCCGGAAACCCCUGACUGGCCUGGUAGCCGCCACCUUCACCCCCAUGACUGCCAAGGGGGAUGUGAACCUCUCUGUGAUUGGUCAGUAUGUCGACUACCUUGUGGAGAAGCAAGGCGUUUACAGUAUAUUCGUGAACGGCACCACUGGCGAGGGCAUGUCGCUCAGCGUGGACGAGAGGAAGGUGCUGGCAGAGGAGUGGUGCCGACAGGGCAAGGGCAAGAUGGAUCAUGUGAUUGUUCAUGUGGGAUGUCUGAGUUUGAGAGAGUCCCAGGAGCUGGCGAGGCAUGCAGCUGGGAUCAGGGCUGAUGGGAUAUCAGUGAUAUCUCCCUCCUUCUUCAAACCUCCCAGUACAAGCGCCCUCCUCCAGUUUCUACAGGAAGUGGCUUCAGCAGCACCACACGUGCCGUUCUACUAUUACCACCUUCCCGACGUCACAGGAGUGAAGAUCUCUGCCCAGGCUGUCCUGCAAGGGGCUCAGGAGCUCAUCCCCUCCUUCCAGGGACUCAAGUUUAGCAGCAGAGACCUGCUGGACUUCGGCCAGUGUGUCCACAGCAGUCCCCGGUCCUGGCAAAUACUCUACGGGGUGGAUGAGCAAUUGCUGUCAGGGUUGGUUAUGGGAGCACAUGGUGCUGUUGGCAGCACCUACAAUUACAUGGGCAGCGUGGUUAAUGGCAUGCUGGCUGCUUUUGAGAAGGGAGAUCUCGCCCAGGCCAGGAAGAUCCAGUUCCAAAUGCAGGAAGUCUUGAGCUUUGCCUUCCAGCUUGGGUUUGACCUGGCUGUGAAUAAGCAGUUGAUGCUGGUGCUGUCGGGUUUGCCCCUCGGGCCCCCGAGACUCCCCCUGCUCCAGGGCUCCCAGGAGCGUGCCAAGCAGAUCCGGGACAAGCUGGAGAGAACCCUGGGGCUCCUCACCCCAAACUGCUGUGCAAUGGGAGUCUGAUUGCCCUCACUGCAGUGUCCUCAUCUGAAGCACACCUUGGUUAUCCGCUGCACAAUUCAUUUAAUCAGGGAGCUUUGCAAACUUGACCGUGAGCAGAAUCAAUGAAAACCACAGAGACAGGGGGAGGAGCCCUGAGCUCGAGGAAUUCCGUGACUCAUCACAUGCCAGAAUUCAUAUUGCAUUAUUGAAGAAAUUUAAAAUAUAUACAAAUUAAGUUUAAUAUACAAGUGUGGACCAAAUCUGGCUUUUCCAUGUAAUUGAAAAUACUUCUCGAUUGAAUGUAAAAGGUGCAAAUUGUGAGUGAUUUCAGGGAGCUGCUGAGCUCUCUGCUUAACUGUGCUGAUCUUCUGUCGAUGGGCUGCUCUUCACAACAGGAUGUGACUGACAAUCCACAGGAGCAAAUGUUUAAUACACUAUCCUGAGUGUGUGCGUCACACAGCCUGUCUGUUACAUUGAGAUGUUAUGGAGAAUGAUUAAUACACUAUCCUGAGUGUGUGCGUCACACAGCCUGUCUGUUACACUGAGAUGUUAUGGAGAAUGAUUAAUACACUAUCCUGAGUGUGUGCGUCACACAGCCUGUCUGUUACACUGAGAUGUUAUGGAGAAUGAUUAAUACACUAUCCUGAGUGUGUGCGUCA